GAAAGCUGGCAAAAGCAAAUAUGGAGUCUUGAGAAAUUUUUAUACGAAUUUGCCGAGGAAGUGCACAAUUUUCAGAUUUCAAAUUGAAACGAAUCAAUUGAAAUUCAUAUUUAUAUGCGUGGUAAAGGUGUAAACGAUGAUUGUACAGGAACCAGUGCAGGCUGCCAUAUGGCACUGUUUAAAUCACUAUGCUUAUCGAGAUGCAAUAUUCUUGGCGGAAAGACUGUGGGCCGAACUCGACACAGAAGAUGCAUUAUUUUUAUUGGCAACGUGCUAUUACCGUUCAGGACGUGUUAGACAGGCUCACGCUCUGCUCACCAAAAAGGCGCCGAGUUCUUCACAGUGCAGAUUUCUCUUAGCAAAGUGCUGCUAUGACCUGGAGAAAUAUGCGGAGGCCGAAGCAGCGAUAAUCGGUGGAUACUAUAAGCAGUUGAAGAAUUUAGAUGAGAUAGUGACACAGUUUGGAGACCAGGCUUGCUUCUCGUUACAGAUAAUAGCCAAGAUUUAUUAUAGAAUGAUGCGAACAGCGAAGGGAAGUGAAGCGCAUAAAUUAGCAUUAAAGUUGAACCCAUUCUUGUGGCACUCUUUUGAGGAACUCUGUAACGUUGGGGAAAAGGUUGAUCCUGCCAAGACUUUCCAACUUGACAAACUAGACAGUUUUGCCACUUGCCACGGUACUACCCCGAUACUUAAUUAUGCCAAUGAACCAGAUCUCAUUACUCCGGUUGCAAAUAACCCAGCCACACCAAUUCCUAAUAACAUCACUCCUGCCCAGAAUAAUGUCGGGAAUGGUAUUAAUUCUGGUGUAAAGUUGUUCGCUACGUCUGAUGAAAGUCCAGCAGGUUUUCCAUCCCAAAUACUAAAUUGUUCUGCGGCAUCGCCUAGGGGAAAAAUGCCUCGCUAUCGUAGCAUGUUUAGUAACUCCAUGAGCCCUUUGACACCGAGCUUUGGAAUUCUCCCAUUGGAAACUAAUACACCGGAACAAAUUGGACCGCCUCAUGCAACGCUCUCCGAAGCAAACGAUCAGAAAAGUUUGGCCAAGCGAGUCAGCAGUUUAAAAGCGCAUGUCGGACAACUAAUGUCUCGGAAAGAAACGCCUUUGCAGCAAGGUAAACCAGUGUUUUCUCAAUCUGGAAACACGAGUAAUACAGCAAACAUUGUUACGGUCACACCAACGGCUCCAGUCCCGACUCCACAAGCCCUUCAGGGACCCAACGUUAGGCGAUCUUCCAGACUCUUUAGUAACAGUUAUUCCGUCAAGGAGAAUAAUAAAUCGCCAAAUAGGAAUAAAUUCGCCCCACCAAAAUCACCCUCUCGGAAACCCAAAGCAAGACUAUCAAAGACUAAUUUAAAUAAGGCAAACUUCAACGAACUGAAUGAGAGAAAUAGAAAUGAAAAGGAAAAAAGUGAAACGAUCACUUCGGACAGAGUGAUAUCGUCCACUAACACACUAAACCAAAAUAACAUGAUGCACUGCGCUUUACUCGUUCAAAAACAGUGCGCCGAGGGACUUAUGACACUGUUGAGGGUCCUGGGCACAGCGUAUCAACAUUUGAGUCAAUUCAAUUGUUCACAAGCUAUUGAACUAUUCAGUGUUUUACCUGCGCAGCAUUAUAAUACAGGCUGGGUCCUCUCAAUGCUUGCAAAAGCGCACUUCGAGAUGAUAGAUUACAAAAAAGCUGCGAGUUAUUUCGCACAAGUUAGACAACUGGAGCCGCAGAGAACAGAGAUGAUGGAAAUUUAUAGUACUGUACUAUGGCAUCUUCAUGCCGAAGUUCAGUUGUCCACCCUGGCACAGGAGCUCGUCUCGGAAGACCGAUAUUCUCCAACAGCUUGGUGUGCUACUGGAAACCUAUUUUCGGCCCAAACAGAACAUGAAACAGCGAUUAAGUUCUUUCAAAGAGCCAUACAGGUAGAUCCCAACUUCCCAUACGCGUACACACUUCUGGGUCACGAAUAUGUUAUGACAGAAGAAUUAGACAAAGCAAUCACAGCAUUUAGAAAUGCUAUUCGACUUGACCCGAGGCAUUAUAACGCGUGGUUUGGACUUGGAACGAUAUUCUCUAAACAGGAGCAGUACAGUUUAGCCGAACUACAUUUUAAACGGGCGUUGCAGAUUAAUCCACAAAAUUCGGCAAUCAUGUGUCACAUAGGGGUCGUACAACAUGCUUUGAAAAAGACUGAUCUUGCAUUGAAAACAUUGAAUCAGGCGAUCCAAAACGACCCUGACAACACGCUUUGCAAAUUUCAUCGAGCAAGCAUUAAUUUCUCUACAGGUCGACCUGCUGAAGCGUUAAAAGAGUUUGAAGAACUGAAGAAUAUUGUACCCAAAGAAUCUCUAGUCUACUAUUCAAUAGGAAAGGUGCAUAAACAGUUAGGAAAUACGCACCUCGCGCUUAUGUACUUUAGUUGGGCCACAGAUUUAGAUCCCAAAGGUGUCAACAGUCAAAUAAAAGAGGCCAUACUGAGUCCUGGCCAAGGUGACGAUGACCCUACUACACAAUUAGCUGAAAGACAGGCACAAAACAGUUCGACGGAACAAGAGGGAGAGGCAAGCGGGGAAGUUGAUCAAUCAGCAAAUGUUACGAUUGACCCUCAGAUCGACGAUAGUGAUAACAGCUUAUGAGUGUCUUGAUCUGGCGUACCGCUACCGUUACUGCUGGCCAAAAUACCUGUAUACUUUGUUAUAAACAGCCCUCACCUAAUAAUGUAAUAGCUAGUGCGCAAGUGCCCAUUUGGAAUAGACAGCUAUAGAAAACGAGGAAAAACUUAAUCUGAAAUAAUGGAAUGAAAUAUUAGUUUAUAA